UCAUCUGUCGAAGGCAUGGAGCGAGAACUUAUAAAGGUCCCAAAACAGGAAAUUGACAAACUGCGUCUACUACCCUUGUCAGAUGGUGAGAAAGGGGGCUACCUAAACGAUCUGCAUAUAGACAGCUAUUUGCGUCUACUAGAGCGGCGAAGUCGCCAUACCCCCGGACUACCAAACACCAUGUGUAUUGACUCACUUUUCCUGACCGACCUACGGAGGAGAAGAAUCGAUGCCGCCACUCGGCGAUUCAGGCGAGUGAACCCCUUGCUACCGGAGCUCCUGCUGGUGCCACUCUUCAUCCCUGGAAAGCCUGUGGGGCACUGGGCUCUGCUAUCGGUACACCCAGAAAAGAAGCAGGUUCACGCGUAUGAUUCGAUGGGAUACAAACACCCCCAGGAGAUGCGACAGCUAUUUCACGCUCUGCAGAGAUACGCGCGGGUGAAUGACAUUCCCUGGUCCCCGGAAGCCUGGCAUCUGCAGGACACCUCUGAUUUAGGGCCACGUCAAAAGAAUGGAGUGGACUGUGGAAUCUUUGUACUAUGGUUUGCUGAGCUGCUGUCCAGGAAGCAACCCAUCCCGCACGCUCCCUUCGAGUUGGACACCAAGUGGUGGCGUAAUCACAUAGUCGAGACCCUAACAAACCAACAUUUGGGAAGCGUAAGUCUCCAAGGAGAAAUCCCAAUAGACCUGUCCGGUUGGGAAUGGAUGGAAGAGGCAUCCAAAGGCAGCGCACCUUCCCCCUCACCAGCCAUGGAUUUGAACACCCUGAUGGAGGCCCUGGGCGAAGCCUGCGACUCACCUAUCGACCGGAAGCCAGCAUUGCAGUCAGGGGAAGAGGAUUGGGAGAAGGUGAUCGAGGACGCCUUAGUCGGAGUAGCUGAGGGAGAUCUUCUGCCUCCACCAGUCGUCGUUGCUUCGCCUGCCUCCCCUUGCUUGUCAGUCCAGGCGUCAGAAGAGCUUCUGGAAGACAUGGACUGUACGGCCACUCCGGAGCAAGAAGAGGCUACGACCAACACUGUCCCGGACGAACCCCAUGUGGUCACUCCGAGGGAGGAGCCGUCGACGUUCCAGCCCAGAAGGUGGCGGCGGAGGAACAAGAAGAGGACAAUUUACCUGCCCGACGGCACCAAACUGCGGGUGCCCAGAAAACUUUUGCUAGGUUACUAA